UGCUUUGUAAAAUUCAUCAAAGUAGCAAUGGCGGUUUCUUCUAAUGCGGCUUUUGUCGUUGUUACCCCGAAGACGUCGUCGUCGUCGUCGUCAUGGAAUCACCAUUAUCCGAAUCUGUUUUGGAUUCCGAUGAACAACAACAACAAUAACAGGACAAGGAGGACAGGUCUGAUCCAGCGAGAACGUUGCGAGCUUUCUUCGUCCAGCGACUCAUCGUCUCUGAAUCAGCUUAAGAACUCUUCUAUAACUGACAGAUACACAAAGGAGAGAAGCAGCAUUGUGGUGAUUGGGCUAAGUAUUCACACAGCUCCUUUAGAGAUGCGUGAGAAGCUUGCAAUUCCAGAAGCUGAAUGGCCACUAGCUAUUCGUCAGUUAUGCGCUUUGAAUCACAUUGAAGAAGCUGCUGUGCUCAGUACCUGUAACAGGCUCGAGAUUUAUGUUUCUGCUUUAUCUCGUUACCGUGGUGUUAAAGAAGUCACUCAAUGGAUGUCCAAGAGAAGUGGAGUCUCAGUUGAGGACAUCCGUCAGCACUGGUUUCUGUUGUACAAUAAGGACGCUGCUCAACAUUUGUUUCAAGUCUCAGCUGGUCUGGACUCUCUUGUUUUAGGUGAAGGUCAGAUACAAGCACAGGUUAAACAAGUUAGUGUAAUAGGUAAAGAUGCAGGCAAUGGGUUUGGGAGGAUUAUAGGUGGGCUAUUUGAAAAGGCAAUCUCGGCUGGAAAGCGUGCCAGAGAUGAGACUAAUAUCGCGUCUGGGGCUGUUUCCGUUAGCUCUGCUGCCGUUGAACUUGCUCUCAAGAAGCGUCCAGGAUCUGCAUCGUCUGCUAUGAUGUUGGUGGUUGGUGCAGGAAAUAUGGGGAGGCUUGUGAUCAAGCACCUUGUUGCUAAAGGUUGUACUAGAAUUGUGGUUGUGAACCGAAGCCAAGAGAGAGUUGAAGCUAUCCGCAAGGAGAUGCGGCCUGGAGUUGAGAUUAUUUAUAAACUGCUUGAGGAGAUGCUAGCUUGUGCUGCAGAAGCCAACGUGAUCUUUACUAGCACAGCAUCUCAGACACCAUUGUUCUUGAAGGAUCACGUAGAGAUGCUGCCUCCUCCUUCUUUUGCAGGUGGUGAUGCAGAUAAUGCGAGGCUCUUUGUUGAUAUCUCUGUUCCUAGAAACGUUGGGUCUUGUGUUGCUGAAUUAGACGGUGCGCGAGUUUACAACGUGGAUGACCUUAAUGAAGUUGUUGCUGCCAAUAAGGAAGACAGAGCGAGGAAAGCAAUGGAAGCUCAGGCAAUAAUUACAGAGGAAUUAAUAAAGUUUGAAGGGUGGAGGGAUUCGUUGGGGACGGGCCCGACAAUCAAGAAAUUAAGAAGCAAAGCAGAGAGAAUCAGAGCGGCUUCGGUUGAAGCAUUCAUGUCGAAAAAUGGGAAUGACAUGGACAAGAGGACAAAGGAAGCAGUAGAGAAACUAACCGGAGAAAUAGUGAACAAGAUCCUGCACGGCCCAAUGGUACAUUUGAGAUGUGAUGGGACUGAUAGCAGAAAGCUGCAUGAGAUACUAGAGAACAUGCAUGCUAUGAUCAGAAUGUAUGAACUCGACCGAGAGUUACUCGAGGAGAAGAUUAGAACAAAAAAGAAAUAGAAGUAGAGAGAGAGAGAGA